AUGUCUGCCGAACAGUACACUGUCGGCUGGAUUUGCGCCAUCAAGCCCGAGUUCGUCGCCGCACAGGAAUUCCUAGACGAGGAACACGACGCCGAAGGAAUCAGCGCUGCUGUACAUGACAACAACAGCUACGCCUUUGGUCGGAUUGGGCAGCAUAACGUGGUCAUCGCGGUGCUUCCAGAUGGUGAAUAUGGAACCAGUUCGGCAGCGACGGUUGCCAGGGAUAUGGUUCAUUCAUUCCCCAACAUCAGGAUUGGCCUGAUGGUUGGCAUCGGCGGCGGCGCCCCGAGCUCGAAGAACGACAUACGCCUCGGUGAUAUUGUCGUCAGCGCCCCUCGCGGCGGUAAUAGCGGUGUAUUUGAAUAUGACUUUGGCAAGACGAUUCAAGAGAAAGCUUUCCAGCACACGAGACAUCUGGACCAGCCUCCCAACGUCGUCCGAACUGCGGUCACCAAUCUGCAGGCGCAGUACGAACGCAAAGGCCACAAUAUUCAAGAGGCAGUCACAGAUAUCACGGGGAAGAACAAGAGACUCCGGAAGUAUAGACGGCCAGACCCAAGCACCGAUGUUCUCUAUCAGUCGAACUACCUUCACACUAGCGGUACUGGGGACUGCACGGCGGGUUGCGGUACAGAUUCGGAUAAUAUCGUCCUCCGCGCGGAGAGAGACGAAGAUGAGGGCGAUGACGACCCCGCUGUUCAUUACGGUCUUAUCGCGUCUGCGAAUCAGCUCAUGAAAGAUGCCACAGUCCGGGACCGUCUCGCAGCGGAGAAGGGCGUGCUUUGCUUCGAGAUGGAAGCCGCAGGCCUUAUGAACCACUUCCCUUGUUUGGUAGUCAGGGGUAUCUGCGACUACUCGGACACCCACAAGAACGAUAACUGGCAUGGAUACGCCGCGAUGACUGCGGCUGCCUAUGCCAAGGACCUUUUAGGAAAGAUCUUGCCGAGCAAGGUUGAAGCAGAGAAGAAGUUAGCCGACGCCGUUGAGUCAGUAAAGCAAGAAAUGCAUGAUUUCCAAGAGACAAUGUUUAGUAAUCGGGAAGACGAUGAGGUGAUGUCGUGGCUGAGAGCGCCGGAUCAGUCAAGCAACCACAAAUUGGCUAUGCAAAGUCACCACGAGGGAACCGGGUCCUGGCUUCUAGAGGAUCCGAUAUAUCGGGACUGGAAAGCAACUCGGAGUGCAUUUCUCUGGGUAUCUGGAAUCCCGGGCUGCGGAAAAACAGUUCUGAGCUCGACUUUGAUUGAAGACGUUCGGUCUACUUGUUCAUCGGCUUGCCUUGCUUAUUUCUGCUUUGACUUCAACGACAGUUCGAAACAGACUCUCGACAGCUUGCUCCGUUCUCUGAUCCAACAGUGUUCUCAGAAGAACGAGGCCUCAAAGGCGUGUAUACAUGACCUAUGGAAGUCACGUCCUGCGCGAAGAGAUGAGCAGCCGACAAACCAGCAGCUCUAUGACUGUCUCGUCAAAAUCUUGAAUCAGUCAGACGAGACUUGGGUUAUCAUUGACGCCCUUGAUGAAUGUACGACCAGAGACGGAUCUUAUGUAGACGGUAUUCUCUCCUUUAUCAAAGAACUGAAGCAGGAUACCGUAGGGUCUACUCAUAUUCUCGUUACAAGCCGAUCAGUGGAAGAUAUCGAAAGGUCUUUUACCGAAUGGGCCCAGAAGGAGUGUUUUAUUUCACUUCAGCACAGUCUUAUUCAAGAUGAUAUCCAGGCUUAUAUUCGCCAUGAACUUCGACCAGGUGGAAGAUUCGACAGGUGGCAAGGGACCCCAACAUUGGAACAGAUCGAGUUGACACUGAUGGCUAAAGUUGAUGGAAUGUUCCGAUGGGCAGCCUGUCAACUCGUUGAAGAGCUCGCUGACGCUCUCGCGGUGAACUUGAACGAGUCUCCCAAGUUUGACCCGGCCUUCAGGAUGCCCAGACCUACUGAGAUCUGUCUCUAUUGCCCAAGUAUGCUGCUCUUGGCGCGGACGCGUAAGCGCGCAAGGGACCAGCUCGAUGGAUACAAAGAAGUGCAAGAAGUGCGACUCGCCCACUUCUCAGUGAAGGAAUAUCUGACCUCGGAUCGGCUCCAUGCAGAGCUGCGGCCACUCAUUGAGCCGUCCAUUUCCCGGGCGUCCCUUGCUGACAUCUGCGUGGCAUAUCUUUCAGAGAUCAAAGAUGCAAUGACAAAACAUCAGAUCGAAGAAGCAUUUCCAUUUGCCAGCUAUAGCGCACAAUCAUGGCUGGGCCACGCAGCUGCAUCUCGGUCUCUCGGCCAUGGGGCUGAAAAUGGUGGCCUGAUUCUCGAUUUUUUGUCAUCUGACAACGUGGCCUAUGAGAAUUGGUUUGUCAUGUUUGAUCCAGAGGCCUCAUUCAAGAUCAGGGAACCCGCUUCGGGUCUGUACUAUGCCUGCUUGUAUGGCCUCGUCUCGGAAGUCAAAAGCCUGCUUUCGCAACAUGUUGGCGUCAAUGAACAAGGCGGACGACAAGGUUACCCAAUCGUGGUAGCCUCAGACAAAGGACACAUCAAGAUCGUGGAUCUUCUGAUCGCAAAUGGAGCAGAUGUAAACCUGAAGGACCCUUUCGAUCUGACAGCUCUACACGUGGCCCCCAGCGGAGGCUACGUCGAGAUUGUUCAGCUUUUGUUGGACGCCAAUGCGGAAGUUAACGCAAUGACUGCUGAGUACGAGACCAGCCUCGGAUGGGCCUGCAGCAAUGGGCAUCUGAAGGUCGUUCGGUUGUUGCUCGAUUGGGGAGCAGUCAUGAAACCUCCAGGUGGAAUGUCAGUCAACGUGCUCCAGCUGGCUUGCUCAUACGGCCACGUGGAGAUUGUUCGCCUUCUUCUCAACAAGGGCGCUGACGUAAACGGACUGGGUGAAUACUCUGAAUCACCACUCGAGUCUGCUGCCGCGUAUGGUGAUGUGAGGAUUGUCUCUCUUCUACUGCAGCACGGAGCAAGUCUGACGCUGCUGCCAAAUCAGAUUGGGGAUGCCCUGGAAUCUGCUACGGCCUAUGGCGACGAACGUAUCAUGCGGAUCCUUCUCGACGCCGGUAUUUCUGUUGGCAGAAGCACAGAGCGAGAUGAUUGUGCCUCAUUAGCUGACGAGGAGCAAGAUGGGCAUGCAAUGUUGGCUCUUUGGGUAGCAGCCAAGAACCGCCAUGUCGGCGCCGUCAGGAUGCUUUUGGAUGCAGGCGUGGGACCGAAUAAUGCUUGGGCCAAAAAUAAUGGCAUUCUCCAGCGUUUCUACAACCCCCAUGGUCAGCAAGAAGUAGAGAUCAUAAAGUUGCUGCUCGAUCACGGAUUCGAUGUCAACGACUCUGAGAGCGCAGACGAGUCGGCGCUGGAAGGUGCUGUUCGAGCCGGUCGCGAUGAUAUCGUACGUCUCCUGAUCGAUAGAGGCGCCAACGUCAAUUCACAUGAAGCACGGCCUGGAAACAGUGGGAGCGGCCCUCUUUUCAGUGCUUGUCGGCAUGGGGAAGAGAGUCUUGCGCGCCUACUACUCGACACUGGCGCAGACGCUGAUUCUGUAAGAUCAAAUGACACGGCUCUACAGGUGGCUGUCUACGAGGGACACAGAAAUAUUCCACGGCUGUUGCUUGAACGGGGCGCCGAUACGGGGAGAGUGGCUAGGCGCCAUUAUCCAAUCGGUCAUAGAUUCGACGACCCCCUGCUUCGAGCUUAUAAGAUGCGCGACUGGGAGUCAGUGCAGAUGCUUCUCGACUUCGAAGCGAGUCUCCAUACCGUCGCAGGAGAAUCUUGCAAGAACCAUAGCUUCUUGGAAAUUGUUUGUCUGGACAAUGACAUGCACGCCGUCGAGAUGCUGCUUCAUCGAGGUGUAGACGUCAAUCUUGGCCUACCGGUAGCGUGUUACCAAGGACACGUAGCCCUUGUAGAGGCAAUGCUUGACGGCGGCAGCGAUAUCAGCAUACACAACACCAGGUAUGGAGACCCUUUAGGGGCUGCUUCAUACGGAGGGCAUGUGGAAGUUGUACGCCUCCUUAUCGAAAGAGGAGCCCCAGUCGACGCAUCAUCUCCGAUCUACGGCAGUGCCCUCAUAGCAGCAUCGAGCAAGGGCCAUGAGAAGGUCAUCAAUGCUUUGCUUGAUCAGGGCGCCAACCUAAACAACAACAUCGGAAGUCAUGAAGAUCCAAAGGAGUCAGAGAUGCCCCAAAACUUUGCAAAGCUAUGGUCUCCCGCCGACGAGAAUGGCAACAUUCCCGCUAUUUACGGAAACGCACUUCAAGCAGCCUGUCACGAAGGCUACGAGGACACGGCGUUGUUACUCAUCAACCACGGCGCAGACGUAAACGCACCAGGUGGUUGUUACGGCAGUGCGCUGGCAGCCACUUCUUACGGCGGCAAAGCUAGCAUAGUACAGCUACUCCUGGAAAGCGGAGCAAGUGCCAACUCUUCCAGCGGUAUUCAUGGGAAUGCACUUCUCAGCGCUUGUCGUAGAGGCCGCGAGGAUAUCGUUCAUAUCCUGAUCAACAAUGGAGCCAAUGAAGACUUGGACGAGAGCUUAUCUACGGCAAUUCGUGAGGGACACACACAUGCCGUUCAAACUAUACUUGAUAUUUGUCAGAAUCGUAUUUCACUCGACAGCAAUUCCCUCAAGGAUGCCAUAAACACAUAUGACGAUUGCCUCAUUGAGAUGAUUCUCGACACAAUGGGGACUUUGACCGAGGAAACCGGCAUAGGUCCACUUCAGGCUGCCGCCGCUACUGGAAAACGAGACGUUGUGCAAACCUUACAGGAUCGAGGAGCAAGCCUAACUGCGGAGGAGCUUGAUUUCAAUGAAGCACUCGUAAAUGCUUCCGCAAAAGGGGACAUCGAAGUGAUAAACUUCUUGCUUGAGCUUGGUGCCAACCCUAAUAAACAGUAUGAUCUUACGUUGGAAGGGCAGAAUUGGAAGUACAGCAAUGCGCUUCACGCGGCAUCGCAGGCUGGGCACGUGGAAGUCACCCAAUUGCUCCUUCAAAGUGGUGCGGAUGCCACUUCGCCAGGGGGAAAAUAUCGGUAUUUAACCCGGGCUGUCAUUGUCAGCUAUGAUAUGGACCGUUUUGAGAUGCGUAACAAAUACGGACAAGAUCUUGAACAAGAUGUCGUUGAGAGAUUUGAGGCCAUCGUCAAAAUGCUUUUUGUUCAUGGGGUCGACGCGCGUUGGGUACGGCAGGACUACAAUGAAUGUCUGCAUCAGAGUACCUGCGUUGGAUUUGAAAUAAUUGUCGAUAUUCUCAUAGAGAAAGGGGCAGACAUCAACUUCUACUUCGAGAAGUCUAACACGGACGUUCUAGAAGCGGCGCUGUGGUGUGGAUAUCCGCAUAUUGCUUGGGUUCUGGUGGACCAAGGUUGCCACAUACCCGAUUCACACUGGGAGCGCUACUACGGAACCCAGAGAAAGACACUGCUGCAUUUUGCCGCUGAGUAUGGGCGUAAAGACAUUGUUCAAGGACAUGUCUCCAAAAAGCUUGAUGUUAACAUCCGAGACGAUCGUGGCCAAACCUCGCUCCACCUUGCGGUUAUAAACGGGUAUCAUGAGAUCACGAGGACUCUGUUGGAAAACGAGGGAUAG